ACCCGGCCCGGCCCGGCCUGAGCCAGCAGCAGCGCGCGAGCCAGCGCAAGGCCCAGGUGCGGGGCUUCCCGCGCGCCAAGAAGCUGGAGAAGCUGGGGGUGUUCUCGGGCUGCAAGGCCAACGAUGCCUGCAAGUGCAACGGCUGGAAGAACCCCAACCCGCCCACUGCCCCCCGCAUGGACCUGCAGCAGCCUGUGACCAACCUGAGCGAGCUGUGCCGGAGCUGCGGACACGCCCUUGCUGACCACGUGUCCCACCUGGAGAACGUCUCAGAAGAGGAGAUCAACCGGCUGCUGGGGAUGGUGGUGGAUGUGGAAAAUCUCUUUAUGUCGGUCCACAAAGAGGAGGACACGGACACCAAGCAAGUGUACUUCUACCUAUUCAAGCUGCUGAGGAAAUGCAUCCUGCAGAUGAGCCGUCCUGUUGUAGAAGGGUCCCUCGGCAGCCCCCCCUUCGAGAAGCCGAACAUCGAGCAGGGAGUCCUCAACUUCGUCCAGUACAAGUUCAGCCACCUGCCCCCCAAGGAGCGGCAGACCAUGUACGAGCUCUCCAAGAUGUUCCUGCUCUGCCUCAACUACUGGAAGCUGGAGACGCCCUCCCAGUUCCGGCAGCGCUCGCAGAACGACGACGUGGCCACCUACAAAGUCAACUACACCCGCUGGCUGUGUUACUGCCACGUGCCCCAGAGCUGUGACAGCCUCCCCCGCUACGAGACCACCCACGUCUUCGGGCGUAGCCUGCUCAAGUCCAUUUUCACCGUCACCCGCCGGCAGCUGCUGGAGAAGUUCCGGGUGGAGAAGGACAAGCUGGUGCCGGAGAAGCGGACGCUCAUCCUCACCCAUUUCCCCAAGUUUCUGUCGAUGCUGGAAGAGGAGAUCUACGGGGAGAACUCGCCCAUCUGGGAAUCUGACUUCACCAUGCCGGCCGCGGAAGGCGCCCAGCUGGUCCCGCGCCCAGCAGCCGUCAGCACCGUCGCCGUGCCCAGCACCCCGAUGUUCAGCAAGAAACUCGGCAGCUCCUUGUCCUCCAUGAGCCUGGAUGCCAGCACGGCCGAGCCCGUGCCAGGCGAGAAGCGGAAACUGCCCGAGGGCCUGACGCUGGAGGACGCCAAGCGGAUCCGGGUCAUGGGCGACAUCCCCAUGGAGCUGGUCAACGAGGUGAUGCUGACCAUCACGGACCCGGCCGCCAUGCUGGGCCCGGAGACCAGCCUGCUGUCAGCCAACGCGGCGCGGGACGAGACGGCACGGCUGGAGGAGAGACGCGGCAUCAUAGAGUUCCACGUCAUCGGCAACGCGCUCUCGCAGAAAUCCAACAAGCGGAUCCUGAUGUGGCUGGUGGGGCUGCAGAACGUCUUCUCCCACCAGCUGCCCCGCAUGCCCAAGGAGUACAUCACCCGCCUCGUCUUCGACCCCAAACACAAGACCCUGGCUCUGAUCAAGGACGGCCGGGUGAUCGGGGGCAUCUGCUUCCGGAUGUUCCCCACCCAGGGCUUCACAGAGAUCGUCUUCUGCGCUGUCACCUCCAACGAGCAAGUGAAGGGGUACGGGACGCACCUGAUGAACCACCUGAAGGAGUAUCACAUCAAGCACAACAUCCUCUACUUCCUGACCUACGCCGACGAGUACGCCAUCGGCUACUUCAAGAAGCAGGGCUUCUCCAAGGACAUCAAGGUGCCCAAGGGCCGCUACCUGGGCUACAUCAAGGACUAUGAAGGGGCGACGCUGAUGGAGUGUGAGCUCAACCCCCGCAUCCCCUACACCGAGCUCUCGCACAUCAUCAAGAAGCAGAAGGAGAUCAUCAAGAAGCUGAUCGAGAGGAAGCAGGCGCAGAUCCGCAAGGUCUACCCGGGCCUGACCUGCUUCAAGGAGGGCGUGCGGCAGAUCCCGGUCGAGAGCAUCCCUGGAAUCCGAGACACGGGAUGGCGGCCGCUGGGGAAGGAGAAAGGGAAGGAGCUCAAGGACCCAGACCAGCUGUACAACGCCCUGAAAAACCUCCUGGCCCAGAUCAAGACGCACCCCAGUGCCUGGCCCUUCAUGGAGCCCGUGAAGAAGUUGGAGGCCCCCGAUUACUACGAGAUCAUUCGCUUCCCCAUUGACCUGAAGACCAUGACCGAGCGCCUGAAGAAUCGCUACUACGUCACCAAGAAGCUCUUCAUCGCCGACCUGCAGCGCAUCAUCACCAACUGCCGGGAGUACAACCCCCCCGACAGCGACUACUGCAAGUGCGCCAACACCCUCGAGAAGUUCUUCUACUUCAAGCUCAAGGAGGCUGGGCUCAUAGACAAGUAGGGGCUGGGGGGGCCUGGCCUCACGCUCCCCUUGUGCCUGCAGCCCCGGGCCGAGGCAGCGCUUCCUGCCAAACUCUCCCAGGAGGGGCUCGGGGGCUUCUCUGAGCCUGGCUCAGCUGCUGACAGGUGGAGCAGGCCAAGGAGCACGUGUAGCUGCUGAAUGGCCAGAGUGUGGGGCCAGCUCCCCUCCUGCUGCUGGAGGAGGCCCCUGGGACUCGCUGGCUCACCACUGGCCUCUCCCCUGGGCGCCACCAGGAGAGGAGCGGCCCGGGGCCCCUCUGCACCAGGCCAGGCAGCACUCAGCCUGCGGGUGUGUCUGCACGCUGGUGCCUCACCCUGGAGGCAGGAGCCCAGCCCGCAGGCACCAGGUGCUCUUGGCUCUGCAGUGGGUUCAGCCGGGGCAUGGUCCUGCUGGGCUGGAAAUUCCAGCAGGGCAGCCCAGGCUCCAGUGUUGAGCAGCCCCACCCCAGGCAAGCUGCACCGUCUCUCUGGCCUGGGGGUGUUGGCAGGCUUGGGCCAAGGCUGGCUCAUACCCCUGGCCUUUGCAUGCAGCGUGUCUCUCCUUUAUGGGGCUGAGGCCUAGCCCCUGCUUCCCCCAGAGCCCAGCUGCCUGCCCUAGCCCCUCUCCCUCCUGCCGCAGCAUGGUGUGUUCCCUUCGGCUCCUCGUCCUGCCCACCCCCUUGCUUCACGUGGAGCACCUGGCGCUGCCACUCACCGCGUGCAUGUAGAACGGGGGAGAGAGUUCUCCUCCCCUGCUGGCGGUGGGGACGGGAGCUGCCCCCCUCGGGCCGUGCCUGGGUUCACGGUCUCGGCUCCAGGCUGUGCUAACGGGAGGUGAUCUGAGGGGUCUGUAUCAGCUCUCAGCUGUUCCUCCUCCCACAGCUUGGCCUGGGGUCCAUCUCCUGCCCCUGGCACUGCCUGGCCCUCCCGGGCUGGGCCCUGGGCUGUCAAUCCUGCCCCAGCCCUGCCCCCCUGUACUGAGCCAUUUGGCUAGUGUUAGCCCCUGCACUGUCACUUCUGCUGGGGGCCCCUGAGCUGUACCAGGUUGUGACCCCAUCCCCCUUGCCCUGUGCUCCAGGGGUCCUCCCAGCUCCAGCACACUGAGAGCUGCCAUCCUGAGGCCUGGGUGGGGAAUGCUGUCCCAUGGGGCGGUGCCCAGGCAUUUCAGUGGGGCUUGGGCUGCAGGGCCUGGGUCAGGACCAGGACAUUUCAAAGGGGGGUGCAAUGGGGUGACAGCUGAGAGGAAUUGGGUCCCAGGCUGGAGCCACGUGUUGUGCCGGGAUGAACAGGGGUUAGUGGCUAAACCAGGCCCCCACCCUGCUCCUUCCUCAGGGUCCUGAAUGGAGUCCCGUGGGCAAGGAGAUUAUGGGCCAUGGGCUGCUUCUCACAGCCGAGUUACUGGCCUGUCCUAUGACCCUGCGGGGAUCAGGAGCCUCCUGCCUCCCCUCCCUGUCAGGGGGCCCUGAGUCCUGGCAGAGCGACAGGCCCCUGUGAAGUAAAAAGCUGCUGCCCUCUGGCUCAGCGGCCACCUCCUGUGGCACCAGGCCCCUGCAGCUCCUGGCCCAGGGUGGGCAGCCGCAGGCAGUGAAGAUUUCUCCCCGCAGGGGAACAGGAGGAGCAGCAGCCAGGCCGGGGAAGCAUUUCGCUGUCAUGUUCCCCCCACCCUGCCCCCAGACUGGUCACCGUUGCCUUAUUCCCCCCUGCACUGGCCUGUCCCUCGUGCACUGCCAAGGGGCUGUCCCAUCCUCCCUUUUCACUUUUAUUUUCCUUUAUUAUUUUUUUUAAAUAAAUGUACAUGUCCCCCAUGAA